AUGAAUAGUACAGCCGCCGCGAUAAAUCCUAACCCAAAUGUCAUACCGUUCGAUGAUACAUACAUUCUCUACGAUUCGCAUGAUUUUCUGUCAUUUUUAAGUGCAUAUUUCUCGUUGAUGCCUAUCCUGGUAUUGUCGUUUUAUUUGUCCUGGUUUAUCAUCACAAGAGAGUUAGAAGCAUGUGCUGUGGCCUUUGGUCAACUCAUGAAUGAAAUUUUCAACAACGUGAUAAAGAACAUAAUAAAACAGCCACGUCCCGUGUCGUUUGGCGCAUCCUUCCAAAACGAUACCAUAAGAUCUGGGUACGGGAUGCCUAGUGCACAUUCUCAGUUCAUGGGGUUUUGCUUCACCUACAACUCUUUGAAAAUAUAUACCUCAUGGAGAAAUUUGAGCGUCUUUGAAAAAUGCAUUUUUGCUAGUGGGCUAGCUUUACUGUCAUUCUGCGUCUGUUUUUCUAGAGUUUACUUACACUACCACAAUUUAGACCAGGUGAUUGUGGGAUUUAGCGUGGGCGCAUUGAACGGUUCGCUAUAUUUUUUUAUACUCGGCAUCAUUAGGGAGACGGGCUUGAUCAACUGGUUUUUGAAGCUGCGGAUCGUUAGGUUAUUCUACAUGACAGACUCGUACAACUUGGCGCCUGUAACAUUGAAGGAGAAUUAUGAAAUGUACUGGCAAAGAAUAGAAAAACAGUCCCCCAGCGGUAAACCCAAAAAUGAUUAG